AUGAGAUUAGUCAUUAGUUCAUUGAUGCUAUAUGUAACGACCGUUGCGGUCGUAAAUGCUAAUGAAUGCGGUCUUAACAGUGAAUGUACACCUAUAGCCGAUUGUCCUCUUAUCCGAGAUUAUUUCAAUGUAAUCAAAAGGAAACCAUACUGCAAUUUGGAUCGCCCUGGUGCACACGUAUGCUGUAGGAAGUCAUCACAAGAUAACACGAAACCGAAAUAUGUUGAUUUUCCUUUUGAAAGAGAGUGCAGAUCCUAUGGCAGUUCGCCAAGUCUACAAAAUCCACUAAGAAAAGAAUGUAAUCGCACACCUGACAUCGUUGAUCGAGUAAAAGCGAAACCCAAAGAAUUUCCUUUUAUGGCAUUAGUGCAUCCCAAAGUUAGAGGCAAGGUUGGCAAUUAUUGCGGUGGUGUUUUGAUUAGCAAAAAAUAUGUUUUAACAUCCGCUUCCUGUUUCUUCAGCCACUAG